AGAAACAGUAUAAAUCAUGUAUCAAAAAAGAAGUGUAUUAAAGGAUUGUGGAAUAUAAAUAUUCCUUCAGAGCUCCUGCAAGAGAUACUAUCCCGCCUCAGUUUAAAAGGCAACAUACAAGCUUCUGCUGUCUGCAAGACAUGGUGUGAAGCAGCUAUUUCUGUCAGAAAGUUACAGCCUCGCCCUUGGCUUUUUUAUCCACUAAGAGGACUAGAAGAGGGAAACUACAUCCUUUUAGACCCAUCACGGCCUCAAGCAUAUAAGUUUAGUUUCCCAGUUUUAAAGGGAUGUGUAUUAUCUUAUUCUAGGGAUGGUUGGUUGCUUGUGAAAAAAACACAUGCCCUCUCGUAUUUGGUAUUCUUAUUUAAUCCAUUUACCGGGAACCGUAUCUUCUUACCCAAGGUGUCACUUACAUCAGGCUAUUGUUUAGCUAUCUCCGCCGCUCCUACAUCAAGUAGUUGUAUGGUGAUCUCUUGCAACUAUACUAGUAUCCCCUCAUAUAUUGUCAUCAAUACUUGGCGGCCUGGUCAAACCGUAUGGACCACCCAUCAAUUUAAGAACCAGUUACCCGGUGGUGGAUUGAACAAUUGUGUCAUCUCGAAUGGUAUGUUCUAUUGUCUUAGUAUCUGCGGCUACCUCGGGGUUUUCGACCCGCCUAGAGCAACAUGGAAUAUUCUACCAUUGAGACCAUGUCUCGCCUUUCGUCAGGUAGAUAUCACUAGGAGAAUGCUGAUGACGGAGCAUGAAGGGGACAUCUUUGUUAUGUUUACAAGUGGCAAUAAGAGUCCAUCGGUGUUUAAACUAAACCUUAAACGCAUGGCGUGGGAAAAGAAGAGAGAGCUUGGUGGCUUAACAGUAUUUGCAAGUCAGCCUUCCUCUCUUAUUAGAGCUAGUUUCUCGGUGAAGGAGAGGAAUAGAUUAUACCCAUCACGUAAUGCGCACCUUGGCGUAUACUUCUCCCUUGGUGAUGAUGAGAAAAUUAGCUCUUGUCCCUCUUCCAGUAACUAUUUCUCUAACCGCAUUGCUUGGGUGUUUCCUCCUCAAGACAACGUUAGUUUCUGACUUCAUCCUUUAUGUUUUGUUUUAUAAAGGACUUUAUUUAUUUUAAGCGUUCGAUCAAAUUGAAAAAUAGGUGUUUUAUAUAAUU